AUGUCUUAUUUUUUCGCUGGAAAUUGGAUCAAUGACUCUUCCGGGACCUUUCACUCUCCACCUGACUCAGGUUAUGACAGUUCAUCCCCCGAACGAAGAUCAAGCAUACUCAGCGAUACCGAUACAACUUAUGAGCCUUCAACUAAACAGGUUCGAGAUGAAAAUGGAAAGGAAUGGAAAACGAGUCUUUCGAUACGGAUCAAAGAUGUGAUCAAUGGAGUUUCUGUGGAUCACAAGCUAUCAACGAUUGCACCAAAUAGCCUUCGAUUCGAUGGGACAUCAGAUAGCCCUAGAACUCCACUUACGUCGUCGUCGUCGACACUACCUCGACCCAAUGUCAAACCUAGGCCAACCCUCUCAAACACACGAGCUCGAACAUCUAUUGAUUCGUCCCCGACUAGAAAGUCCACUAGCUCUUUGCAUUCCCCCGAUCGAUUUCUGCCCAUUCUGAAAAGUCCAGACUCCUCGGCACAGAGCUUUCGUGCUAACAAAGAUCCGGGAACUCUUUCAGCGUAUGAAAAGUUAAUGAGACACAGCAGUGCAAGCCUUGAUGCGUUUAAUCCGCGUCGACGCGCAACAUCACCGAUUCCUCUUGCUUCUCGGCCAGAUGCAAGACGAAUCGUCUCUGGGAAUCGUGGCAGAGGUGCUACUGCCCUUGCCUUUCAAAGGGGUGCCCCAACAACACUCAAUGGAGAGAGGCAGGUCAGUGUAGGAACCGUAUGGGCUGUCGGCGGAGUGGCUCCUGUAAGCGCUGGCAUCCCGGAUGGCCGUGGUGGUCUGUUAGGUAGUGGAACGAAUGCGCCGUUGUAUACUACAUCCUUCUCCGCCUCACGUCCAAAAGCACAAGAAGAUUUCGAAAAGCAUGAAGACAGGUUGGCACAAGCAUUGGACAUUGACCGCAUACAACGUGUUUUUGAAUUUCGCGAUCCAUCAUCUACGCCGCCCACAACUCCCCCUGAUUUCAAGUCCAAGAGACAUACAUUUGACACUAAGACGGCUUGGAAUGGAACAGAGUGGGUGCUAGGUGGACCGGAACAAAUUCUCGAUGCACCAAAUCUACGAGACGACUUUUAUUGCUCGGUUCUGGCAUACUCUGGAACAAGUCACACACUUGCCGUUGGUUUGGGCUCAUUGCUUUAUGCAUGGUCUGAGAUGGCUGGAGUCCAUUUACUUCAUGGUGGAACUUCAAAUGCUUCUUGGUUGACAUCUCUGUCAUUCUCGUCCACGCAAGGAGCCAAAUCAAUACUUGCAUUUGGCAGGUCCGAUGGAUCGCUCAGUCUCUUGUCGCUCUACGACAGCUUAUUGCCCCGAUUUGAAGUCCAACAGCCAUGUCCUAUAGCUUGCGUCGCUUGGAGACCUUCAAUUACAAUGCGACCUUCCCGAAAUCCACUCUCAUCUGGUAUUAUGGUUAAGACGGAAGAUCUGAUCGUUGGAGAUGAGCAAGGAAACGUAUACUACUAUGCCGUUGAAUGGCCAGAUGCAUGGGAAGUGACUCGCGAUGGCUGGUCUGGCUCUAUGGCACUUAUUGCCCGAAUCUCUAUCCAUACCCAACAAAUAUGUGGACUCUCUUUUUCCACUGAUGGCUCUUCAUUUGCAACUGGAGGCAACGAUAAUCUUUGUUGUCUCUUCCGUACAAACGAAGUUACUCGUCCUUCCCGUGGCCAGCUUGGCACCGCAGAAGAAGUGUUCCUUGCCACAGCAGGAAUGCGUCGCAUACACAGCGUAGCCGGUCAGAACCGCGUCAAAGAAAUUACCGCCGGUGCUGAAAAACAUCGUUGGGUUCAUGGUGCUGCUGUUAAGGCAAUUGCGUUUUGUCCCUGGAGAGAUGGUCUCAUCGCAACCGGCGGGGGAAGUAAUGAUAAAUGCAUCCAUUUCUUCCACACCUCAUCCGGAGCCUGCCUCGCCACCAUCAGCGUAGCAGCUCAAGUAACCUCCCUCAUCUGGUCCACUACCCGUCGAGAAAUUGCCGCUACAUUCGGCUACGCACAGCCGGAGCAUCCAUACCGAAUCGCAGUUUUCAGUUGGCCGGAUUGUAAACAAGUGGCUGCUAUUCCAUGGGAAGGCGAACAUAGAGCAUUAUUUGCAAUACCGUAUCCAGGAGGUCCGAACGAGAGUCAUAGCAGUAGGGAAGGUGGAAGAGCCAUGACGAGGACGGCACAAGAGGGAUGUUUGGUGGUGGCGAGUAGUGAUGAGAGUGUUAAGUUUCAUGAGGUCUGGACGAGUAGUAUGAAGGCUACUAGUGGUGGUGAAGGAUUACUUGGGGGAAGUGACAUUUUGGAAGGAUUGGAGGGGAUUGAUAAGGAGGGGGCUGUUAUCAGAUGA